AGUGGUGGGGGAGUCGCCGCCGCCACCGCAGCAGCAGCAGCAGCAGCAGCGAGUUUCAUCGCUGCCGCCAGUUCGCCGUGAGCGCUCGUCACGCGAGCUCAGCGGAUCUUGAUACACGGAGAGCGCAUCUCGCAAGACACUGCUGUUGCUCCGAAUCGCCGGUCCUUUUGCCCCGUACACACACACGCCUGCGUCUGACCAGUGCGGAGACGUGACCACUCAGAGUGCCGAUCCUCCUGUUGUUGUGCGCGAGGAUCGCCAUCGGUGAACUUGUCGAGAAACAGUGCAGCCGAAACUCCAGGAGAGAACAGAGUGCGUGCCAUGUGUCAUUGAAUCGCGAGGCGUCGUCGGGAGAGAUACGGCACGAUAAGCGCGCUUUUUUUUUGCUCCUCAUCGAGCGCACGGCGUGCAUCAGCGACCAAGAGCGGGGACCGGCAACCGCGCGAUUGGCCGGCAGCGCGCCACCUAGACACAGCGAGUAUACAGAACAGUAGGCGAAGAAGAAGAAGAAGAAGAAGAAGAAGAAGAAGCAGAUUUUCCACUCGACUCGCGCGCGAGAGAGCAGAGGCCUGGAUAUGUCCGCGAAGCGAAAGGCCACUGCCAUCAUGCAGCACCACAAGGAGAACAUCUCGACUCCGGAGCCGGCCGACAUAUCGGAGGACGAUCACUACUCGAGCGUGAUAAUGAAAGACGCGGACAAGCUGAAGCUCAUGCUUCUGGCCUGGAACUACAGUCUCCAGCAGCAGGCGCAGGUGGCGGGGGGCGGCCCAGCGGGCGCGGUGCCCGUGCCGGGUCAGCCUGGACAGCUGCCGCCCACCGCACAGCAGCCGGCCCAGUUGCCGGUGACGACGGCGCAGAACGGACCCGCGCUCUCGCCCAGCAGUACCACGGCCGCAAGCAGCAGCAACGGAACUCUCGCCCCAGUCGUCACCAGUCAGAGCGUCAUUUCCACGGCCAACAGCACCGUCAACAACAACAGCACGCUCACAGGUACGAGAAGUGUGAUUGCGGCGUGGAUGUGCGGCAGAGACGGGCCGAGGCGGUUUCUCCAUAGCUCCGUAUUGGUAAACCAAACUGAACCGAGCGCACCCGACUCUCUCUCUCUCGUUACAGACUCGCGCAACGGCAGCGCGGACAUGAGCGAGUUGAGCGCGACGGGCGGCGUCCCCGUCAGCGGAGUCGUGCCGACGACGGCCUCGAGCGAGGACAUGGCCUCCCUCUGGGCCUCCUACACGAUGGGUCUGAAGAAGACGCCGCCGCCCGGCUCCAGCACACCCUCCAGGUCCGAGCGCGACAGAGACAGGGAGUCGAGUCCCGGGGGCGGCGAGGGGGCCGGCAGCGCCCACGACGAGACCAGCAGCAGCGGGAACAAGGAGGACGAGGACGACGACGACGAGGACGCGGACGAGAGGCUCGACCCCCGGCACCACGACCCCGAGCGUCUCAAGGCUUUCAACAUGUUCGUGCGACUGUUCGUCGACGAGAACCUCGACCGCAUAGUGCCGAUCUCGAAGCAGCCGAAGGAGAAGAUCCAGGCCAUAAUCGACAGCUGCACGAGGCAGUUUCCGGAAUUCGCGGAGCGCGCGCGGAAGCGAAUCAGGACGUAUCUCAAGAGCUGCCGGAGGAACAAGAGGGGCCGAGAAGGCGCGCCCUGGGACGCCGCGAGACCGACACCAGCCCACCUGACCUCGGUGCAGGCCGAGCAGAUUUUGGCGACGGCCUGCGAGAACGAGAGCGACAACGCCAAGCGCAUGAGAGUCGGCCUCGAGCCGGUCUCGCAGCCCAUGCCGACCCUACCAGCAGCCACGCAAACGGACGUGCGAGCGAGUCUGGAUCACUUUACGAGCAGUACCCCGGUGAAGUCGCUGCCGAUAAAGCGAGAGGACACGCCGCCGACAGCCUUGACAUCUCUGGCGCCGCUGACCAGUCUGGCUAAUCUGCCCAACAGCGCCGGCAGCCUAUCCUCGACGCCCCUCUCGCUCGCCCCUGCCUCCAAGCUGCUCAACAACUCCGACAGCGCCAAGACUCUCAUGAGCCAGGCGACGAUAGUGAGCUCAUCGACGGCGAACGGAAUCGGAAGCGGCGGUGCCGGCGCAGCCGCUGGCGCUCCCACGGCCAUGUACAGACCGAACUUCAGCCAGGCGUUCCAGCGCGCCGGCCCGACGCCGGUACUCUCCGCCGGACUCUAUCCCACCCAGAGCUUCACCUCCGGACUACUCAGCAACGGUACACAAAGACCGACAGACCUGAGCAUGAAGAACACGAAGCCGCUGCUGAGCCACAAAUUGAACGCCACGGAAAUGACCGCGGUGCGACAGCUGAUAAACGGAUAUCGGGAGUCCGCUGCCUUCCUACUCAGGUCCGCCGACGAGCUCGAGCAGCUGCUACUUCAGCAGCCUUAAGAAGCCUAUCGCCGCUCGUCACCACCACCACCACCAGCAGCACCGACCAGUAACCGCGACUACUCAACUUAUGUAUGAUGAGAAACCGACUACAACGACGACGAUGACGAAGAGACUAUAUUAUACCUGACCGCGCUCCGCAGCCGUUCGAUCUUACAAUACUUAUAUGCACAAAAGCACUAGAAUACAACGUUCCACUACUCAAAUAAGGACGAUUGAAUUUUCUCUUCUCGAGACGGACGCGUAUUUAAUGCAGCUCUCAUCCUUGUGUAGCGUUAUAGAUAUUUAAGCAUGAACAAAAAAAAAAAAAAUCAUGUGUACGACGUGUGGAACAGACCGCGGCGCCAUAUUAUAAUGAUAAUAUAUAUAUAUAUAAUACCAUUCGAAACAGGGUGUACAUAUACAUUAAAAUAGAGAAAAGAUUUCCGAGGAUAUUUACUUAAUUAACGAGAUAUAUUAUAUAUUACCGGGGGUAUAUGAGGAGAUGCGUGCGCGCGAACUCGAUGUAGGGAAGAGAUUUUUUUUUAAAUGACUUAUAUGAAUAGCAUUUUCGUUGCGUUUAUUGACGUUUUUUUAUAUUGAUUUAUAUAUUAUAUGCGUUGGAAGAUCGCUCGAGAUCGCCGUGGAGUUUGAAGCGUUACUUAUAAAUAUAUAUUUAUGUUCAAAUUUCAUCGUGUCCUCAUUGCCAUUACGUUUGUACUGUAUUCUUUGUUUUAACUUCUCGCGCUUCUUCUUUGUCGGGGUGCAGUUUUGCUUGCGAACGCCUUAACCGAAUCACCUUAUUGGGGUUUGAAAGAUUGAUUUAUUUUUUAAAUUUGUUCGAGGCUCGAGCCUGAAAAAUAUAUUAUUUAAGCGAUGACGAGCUUGUAAUAGUGAAAUACCGUGUACAUAACGAGUAACAUGUAGAGGAGGGUAUAAACGUACAGCGUGCGAGUGUCUUGUACCGACUUCGGAAAAACAUUGACGACAGGAGCUUACGGGGACACGCGAUUGGAGAUUGAAAAAAAACUAGGGUGAUGGAUGUGGCUCGGCUCCGUUAGUACUGCACUUGUAGAGUGCGACAAGAUGGCACAGGAACCUAUUAAAAUUAAGAGAAGAAAUUAUUCUGCAAAAAGUCAAAUAUUAGAGGACGGUAAAAAUUAAUAGAAAAAAUUGUAUUGCUUGCGAUAGUGUGUCAAUCUUGGUGAAAAAAAAAUUUAGAUGUUUUUAAUAAACGUUUGGAAUAACUGUUUUGGGAUUCAUUCGGCAUUUCGGCAUAUAUACCGCUGGGACCAUCUUGUCACGAUCGAUAUAGUUAAGCGUACAUGUGCUUUCUUGGUCUCCAUAGACAUCACAAUGCUACCAAAGAAACUUGCGAAUAAAUAAAUAAUCUAUAACGUA